UGAAUUUGAAGCCAACAGGCCUAAACAACUCGCAGGAUAGUAGCCGCAGACCAGUAGAGACCUUCGGUUUUGUGGAGCUGGUCGUCAGCAUGUCCUUCCCUAAGGCGCCCCUGAAACGAUUCAAUGACCCUUCUGGAUGUGCACCAUCCCCAGGUGCUUAUGAUGUUAAAACUUCAGAAGUAUUGAAAGGACCAGUAUCCUUUCAGAAGUCACAAAGAUUUAAAAAGCAAAAAGCAGAAUCACAGCAAAAUCUUAACGUUGACAAAGAUACUACCUUGCCUGUUUCAGCAAGAAAAGUCAAGACUUCAGCAUUAAAGAAGGAAUCUCAGAAGAAUGAUAAAGAUUUGAAGAUGUUGGAAAAAGAGAUCCGCAUUCUUGUGCAGGAGCGUGGGGCUCAGGACAGGAGGAUCCAGGAUCUGGAAGCUGAGUUGGAGAAGAUGGAAGCAAAGCUAAACGCUGCCGUCAGGGAAAAAACAUCUCUGUCUGCAAGUAACGCUUCACUGGAAAAACAGCUUCUUGAAUUAACCAGGACUAAUGAGCUCCUAAAAUCUAAGUUUUCUGAAGAUAAUAACCAGAAGAAUUUGAGAAUUCUAAGCCUUGAGUUGAUGAAACUGAGAAACAAAAGAGAAACCAAGAUGAGGAGCAUGGUGGCUAAACAAGAAGGCAUGGAGGUGAAGCCGCAGCUCACCCAGAAGAACCUUGUGGAGUCUCAGGAGAAAAUAGUACAACUUGAAGGGAAACUUGUUUCAAUAGAGAAAGAAAAGAUUGAUGAAAAAUCUGAAACAGAAAAACUCUUAGAAUACAUUGAAGAAAUAAGUUGUGCAUCAGAUCAAGUGGAAAAAUACAAGCUAGAUAUUGCCCAGUUAGAAGAAAAUCUGAAAGAGAAGAAUCAUGAAGUUUUAAGCCUUAAGCAGUCUCUUGAGGAAAAUAGUGCUAUAUUGUCCAAACAAGUGGAAGACUUGAAUGCUAAAUGCCAGGUGCUUGAAGAAGAAAAAGAAGACCUCAUCAAUAGGAACAGAGAACGGGAUGAAAAUCUAAAUUCUGAGAUACAAAGCUUAAAACAGAGGUCUAUUCUUGAAAAACAAGAACAUGAAGAGCUACAACAAAAAGUAUUGCAAAUGGAUUCACUUCUGCAACAAGAGAAGGAAUUAUCCUCUGGUCUUCAGCAGAAGCUAUGUUCUUUUCAAGAAGAAAUGAUAAGAGAGAGAACUCUCUUUGAGGAAGAAUUAAAGCAAGCCCUGGAUGAGCUGGAUAAAUUACAGCAAAAGGAGGAACAAGCUGAAAACCUGCUUAAGCAACUGGAAGAGGAAGCAGAAUCUAGAGCUGCAGAACUAAAACGCCUCGAAGAAAAGCUGAAAGGGAAAGAAGCCGAACUGGAGGAAAGUAAUGCUGCUCAUACUCAGGCCACCCUGCUUUUGCAAGAAAAACAUAACAGUACAGUGCAGAACCUGGAAGAUGUUACUGCUCAAUUUGAAAGCUAUAAAGCAUCAACAGCAAGUGAGCUAGAAGAUCUUAAGGUGCAGAAUGAGUCACUUAAGGAAAAACUGGCCAAGGCUGAGCAAAGUGCAGAGGAUGCCCGAGAUCAGAUAUUGACAACUGAGAACUCAAAUCAAGAAUAUGCAAGGAUGCUUCUAGAUCUGCAGACCAAAUCAGCACUUAAAGAAGCAGAAAUUAAAGAAAUUACAGUUUCUUCUCUUAAAAGAAUAACUGAUUUGCAGAACCAACUCAAGCAACAAAGCGAAGACUUUAAGAAACAACUGGAAGAGGAAGAAGCAAGAAAAACUGGAAAAGAAAACUCAAUAGCAGAAUUAACUGAGGAAGUGAAUAAGUGGCGUCUCCUCUAUGAAGAAUUAUAUAAUAAAACAAAGCCUUUUCAGCUACAACUGGAUGCAUUUGAAGCAGAGAAACAGGCUUUGUUGAAUGAACAUGGUGCGGCUCAGGAACAACUAAAUAAUCUAAGAGAUUCAUAUGCUAAAUUAUUGGGUCAUCAGAAUCUAAAGCAAAAAAUCAAGCAUGUUGUGAAAUUGAAAGAUGAAAAUAGCAAUCUCAAAUCGGAGGUGUUAAAACUCCGUGCUCAGCUUACUAAAAGAAAACAAAGUGAAGCAAAACUUCAGGAGGAACUGAAUAAAGUUCUAGGUAUCAAACACUUUGAUCCUUCAAAGGCUUUUCUUCAUGAAAGUAAAGAAAAUUUUGUUCCCAAAACUCCAUUGAAAGAAGGCAAUACAAACUGCUCCUGAGCUCGUAGUGGAGUUUCGAGAAUCAUGCAAGUAAACAUCUGAAAAACCUGUUGAAGACUAUUUUUUCUUACUAUGUUUUUUAUUAUUAUUAUUGCUUACUAUUGUGUUUAUAAUAUUUGUUAAUCUCUUAUUUAAUACUAACUUCCUGUCCUUACAUAUGUGAUAGGAAGUUUGACUGUUUUUACCAGUGUUCUCUGACAUUCUAGUUACUCUUGUCAGUACUUCCUCCUUGAUGCUCACCCUUAUUGCCUCAUUCUAAAUGUUCUGACGCUUUCCAGCUUUGCUCACUCAUCCCAUCAAAUCAAUAGUCUUUUAAAAAUCAUUCUCAUACUAUCAUUUCCCUAUUCUGAAACCUUGGGGUUUUUUUUUAGUUUGAUGCUGAAGACCUUUUCUAGUCUGAACCUCUUAUGCUAGGCUAAAACACCUUGGCUUGUUCUUGCCUCUACUUAAUUCUCCUAAUAAUGUUCAUUCUGUCCCACCCAUCAUCUGUUUAUCCAGUUCAAAUAAGAAAUAGAGGCAAGCUUUUUUUCAUAGUUCUCUCUUACCAAAGCCACUGAGUUGGUUAAUAAUUUGCAGAUUUCUAGACCCCAUCCCAGACCUCUUAAAUUACAAUCUGUGGUUUGGUCUAGAAAUCUGCUUUUUUUUUUUUUUUCUUUCAUAAACAGCAGUUAAUUCUUAGAAACUCUGCUUGUAACCUCUUUUUUGCCACACCACACACCAAGUGUGGGAUCUUAGUUUCUGAUCGGGGAUCGAACCCAUGCUCCCUGCUUUGGAAACACGGAGUCAUAACCACAGGACUGCUGGGGAAGUCCCUGCUUGUAACCUCCUUAGAAAAUUUGUCUAGCUGCUUGACAUCUGCCUGAUUGCUGGGUGUUUGAUUAAUAUUUAUGUAUCAUGAAAUAAAAUUACACGUUGUCACUGA